AUGGAAGAGAAGAGAAGAUUGGACAUCUGCAAUGCAUUUCUGAAUGAUCCCGGGUCAAGUGAUCUCCUUUGGGAUGUUUUGCUGCGUGUUGUGAUGACCGAUACUGGAGGUUAUGAAGUGGAUCAGUUUGUGGAUCCUCCAGAUGAUGAUCUGAUUUGUGUCAUCUGUAGAGCUGUUUUACGCUGUCCUGUACGGCUUAAAUGCAACCAUGUCUUCUGCAAGGAAUGCAUUUUACAGUGGAUGAAAAGACAGGUCAAAUGCCCAUGCUGUAGGCAAUCGAUCGACCAGAACCAAAUGCUGGUUUUGUUUAAGCUGAGCAAAUCCAUUGGCCGUUUAUCAGUCAAGUGUCGCAAUGGACAGCAGGGCUGCAGGGCAACUUUCCCGCUUUCUAACGAGUACCUCCACAUCUCCAACUGUCCAUAUGAGUGGCAAAUCUGUCCUCAUGAGGGCUGUGGCCAGCAGGUGUUGAGGAAGGAUGCGCAGGUGCAUGAUCAGAGCUGCAGUCACUGGAGACAGCUGUGCCCCAUGGGCUGUGGAACGCUGCUCGUCCGGGAGAACCAGGUCCAACACAACUGCUACCGAGAGCUGCAGCAGCGCUACCUAGCCGAGCGCCGGAAGCAGAGAGCCGUUGCAGCCAACCUGCGCAGGAAGAUGCAGCGCAUGCAAAGCCGCAUGGCCCAAAUAAAGAGGCAGAUCAACCUGAUGUGUGAGAGCCUGGAGGUCGGAGAUCUGGAAACGGAAGCAGGCGAGGGAACCAGUGCUUGGACAGAUUCUAGUCCAAGCAGCAGCAGACAUAGACACACUUACAAUUCAAGAAUUCGAUUUAUAUAG